UGAGAACGUCAUAAUCUAAAUGGUUGGUUGUGUGACUUGGAAAAUAGCGAGCGAAAAACGACCGACAAUGGAUGUUGUGUGUCGUUCGUAGAAAAAAAAAAGUGUUUUCCUUUUUUUAUUUACGCAUCACAAUGACUGUGAGUUAAGUGGAAUUUUGUCAAAUUAAAAGCAAAUAGAAGUCACACUGAAUUGGUGUUGAAAGCAUGUGUGUGUGUUUUCAGACAGAAAUCAUAAAGUGCUUAAUUUACCUCAAAUUGUUUAACUGUGCAAGAAGAAGGAAGCAAUACAAACGCAAAGAAGUCUCAUCAUUAUUUUAAUGAAAUUUGUGCCAUAAUCGAAAUUAAAAUAUAAAACGUAACAUAAAUACAGAGACUGUUAUUGAUUUAACAAAAAUGUUUUGAAGCAAAUACUCCACAGCGAAAACACUAUUAAAUUCGUAUCACACGCAGUAAAUAUAAAUCGAUAGGUUCAAGAUGGCUGCUUCAAAUCGUUGGUCUGCAAUGAAAAGUCAUCAUAAUUCAAGUGUUUUUCAUAAUUUAAACAGUCGACCUUUAUUCGGUUCGGAUGAAGUGCAACCGUAUCUCGUCAAGAGCUCCAAAGACAGCUUGAGCUAUUUACAAAGUCUUAGUCUUUACAAACGGCUGAAAGUGCACAAGGGUUGCGUAAAUACGGUAUCAUGGAAUGACAAAGGUCAAUACUUACUUUCUGGUUCUGAUGAUCAAUCAAUUGUCGUCACAAAUCCAUUCAAUGGACAAGUUCUUGUGCAAUACAGUACCGCUCAUCGUGCGAAUAUUUUUAGUGCAAAAUUUUUACCGCAAAGCGGCGAUCGUGGCAUUGUUAGCUGUUCCGGUGAUGGGGUUGUAUUGUACACCGAAUUAACGACGGCUGCAUCAAUGAAAUACGCUAAAUCGUCGGGAUCAAAGUCACCACACCGACAUGGCAGCGAUGCAAACGAUGCAAAUUUGAAUUAUUUCAACUGUCAUAGUAGCGGGACAACUUAUGAAGUAUUAACCGUACCGACUGAACCAAAUUCUUUUAUGAGUUGCGGCGAAGAUGGAACCGUGCGCUUAUUUGAUCUCCGACAAAUCUCACGUUGUCACAAAACCUGUUGUAAAGACAACAUUUUGAUUUUAAGCCCAUCGGCGGUAACAUCAAUGUGUUUAUCGCCGUUAUCAAACAAUUAUAUUGCAAUUGGAAGCUCCGACUCAAUCAUUCGUAUAUACGAUCGACGAUUUUUGCAAUUGGUUGAUUUUUCGAUGCCAGGAUCAGCAUCUGACCGACACACCAUACCUGUCAAAGCUUUCACCAUACCAUCUUAUGAGAAACGACCAUUUCGCGUUACAUCUGUUAAUUUCAGCCAAGAUGAAUGUGAACUACUCGUCAGCUACUCAAGUGAUCAUUUGUAUCUAUUCAACAUUCAGAAAGAGGGUAUUGACAUUCGCCAUUCAAUGGUUGAAAAAUGUAAGCGAUCAAAAACGUCGAAUGUGGAUUCACCGCCUCCGGUGCGUCGAUUGCGUUUGCGGGGUGAUUGGAGUGAUACAGGGCCAGAUGCUCGACCCGAACGAGAAAUGUCACGUUUGAAUAAUUUGGGCCAAGCAAGACCCCAGUUACAAGCAACAAUUAUGCAUCGAAUGACAGAGGUGUUAUCGCGAAUGUUAGCUGACCCGCGCACCCGAAUCGGUUUGAAUUCACACAGCACUGAGAUAACCAAUGAUGGUGACAUCACAAAUACCAUGCAAUUGGAAAAUUUAUUUGGAGCACAAUCGCAAUCGAAUCCAAUAAGCAAUGCACCGGCCACCGCUCCGGCCACAACAAAUUCAAGUCCGAAAAGUCGACGAAAUUCAUCGCAUUCAACUGUGGCUGGUCCAUCGGGAUUGUCGACGCACGGCAAACAGCCUCGCACCAUGUCAUUUGAACGAAAAUCAAAAGUGCGCGAUGAUUCCGAUGAUGAGAGUGAUGAUGACAGUGGUGACAGUCGCAAGAGCAAUAUUACAACGGCAACCAUUGAGCAAGAGAUUGAAAAUGCGGUCAACGAAAGUGAAGAAUUAAAAGAAAUUGUUUUUGAUUAUGUACAAAUGAAGUAUACUGGUCAUCGUAAUGCUCGAACUAUGAUUAAAGAGGCAACAUUUUGGGGGAACGAUUAUGUAAUGUCGGGUUCUGAUUGUGGCCACAUAUUCACAUGGAAUCGAAAAACUGGCGAACUGGUUAUGCUUCUCGAAGGUGACAACCAUGUUGUGAAUUGUGUCAGGCCCCACCCCACUCUUCCAUACUUGGCGACUUCGGGCAUUGACUAUGACAUCAAACUAUUCUCACCUAUUGGUCAAGGUGACGACGAAAGUCCUUCUCGUUUUGAUAAAGAAAAAUCAAUUGCUCUCAUAAAUCGCAACGCACUUAUGUUAGAAGAAACAAAGGACACAAUAACUGUUCCAGCUGCAUUUAUGAUUCGAAUGCUGGCAUGUAUACACUCGUUGCGAAAUCGUUCAGGCACCACCCGUGCUGGCAGUGCAAGUGGAAAUAAUAGCAGCGGUAGUGUAUCAACAUCGAAUAGCAAUGCAAAUGUGAACAAUACUGAAAGCAAUAACAAUAGUAAUAAUGCAAAUCAAAUUUACAACGAUGCUCCCGUGUCACGUUCAUCUAGUCAAAACGUGGCAUUGGACAGUAACUCAAUAGACAACGACGAUAACGAUGGCGAAACCGACGAUUGAGCAAUUGAAACCAAAGCGUUCUUCUCUGCCUUUUCAACACUCUCAACUCAUGCACUUUUUUUUAUCGUUAGUCUCCUUCUAAUUAUUAGUUGUUGUAAUUUGUAUUAUUCGUGGACUCAUUCAAUUGAACGGAAGAAGAAGAAAAAAGAGAAACGGGACUGACCGACUUACUCAACAAUUUAUAGUUGGUGCUCAAUACUAUAUGAUAAAUAAUUCGGAUUGAUUCAAAGAACUUCCUAUGAAAAUUCUUUGUAUAUUUUAUUACAUUUUAUUGAAUGAAGUGAUUGUAUUUAUUUUAAUACCUAAAAAAAAUCAAACUAUAUUCACAAAACAACAAGCACGAAUGUGGCAUUGUAUUUAAAACACUCACAAUUAGCGCUGAAAUUACAUCAAAAUCUAUUUUUGUAUACUCAAAUUUCAGUUCUUCCUUUUAUUUUUUUGGUAUAGCAACCUAUGUAGGCUUUCAACGUAAAACUAGCACAAUAUGUUCAAAUAUCAAACCGUAUCAACUUUAAAGACCAAUUAUUUUACCAUCUCCAAGUAGAGCAGCUAAAUGAAAUUAAUU